UAAGAGGAAACGUGCUCCCAAGCCCUGCAUCUCAUUCUGCCACUAAGAUGAGCACCAUUCUUUCCUGCCAAGAUCCCUACUUUGUAGGGGGCCAGGGCCAUGACUGCCCCUAUUCCGACUCAACGUCAGCAGCCAGCGUUGAUGUUUCCAAGGAGACUUGGGUUUCUUUCUGGGCUUCUGGUCUCCUGGACAACACCAGGGCGAACCCACAAGAAGGACAGGCUCCGGAUCAGUUCUGUGGCUUGGAUUUUACUAUUCCAGAUGACACGUGGCAAGGAGAUCAGCUGUCCUCCCAGCUCUACAGAAACAAACAGCUUCAAGACACUUUGCUACAGAAGGAAGAGGAACUUGCCAGGUUACAUGAAGAAAAUAACAACCUCCGACAAUACCUGAAUUCUGCCGUGGUUAAGUGUUUGGAAGACAAGGCGAAGAAACUGCUGCUGCACAAUGGCCAGAAGAAACAUGCAGUUCUCAAAAGUGGCAAGAGGAAAUUUAAAGAGGACAGUUACCUGGCCCCUCGAGAGACUCCUCACCCCUCCAAAGCCAGGAGGAACCUGCUCCGUGAUUUUACUGCCUGCGAAGAACAAGCUGCUCCACCCGUGGAGACCUGGGUACUGCAAACCCUGGGACUGAAAGAUAUCAACACCAUUGAUGAGUCUUUAUCAGCUAACUACAGUGCCCUGUCCUCUGAACUUGGGAAAAGCCCGUACUGCCAGAGCCAUGGGGAGGCAAUGGACUAUUGUAAUGAUGAGGACCCAAUCGCUGCUUAUGGCUGUGAUCAGAUGACUCCUAUAAACAGCGCUGCCACUCCUGGGAAGCAGGGUUUACCCUACAUCCAACCACUUUCUUCAGCACCAUGUGCUUCCUCGACGCUGCCCAGCGGUGCCCCUUUCCCGCCUUACGGAUUGCCUUACUUCGCCAACGACGUGUCACCAAACAAAACCGACAUGGCCUUUACAACCUCCCUGAGCCCCCACCGCAACGUCAAAACACACACCUUCCACCAGGGACAGGUCUUUGUGCGCCGAGAGGAGGACGGAGGCUGGAAAUUCACCUGGGUCCCCAAGCAAUCCGAGUGACUCCCCGUUGCCCCCACUUCUGAGCACUGCCAUCAGUGACAUGUUUACAAACACUUACAACUGCAGAAGCCUUUCUUGCACUUGAGAUUGAUGCUGAGAACAGAGGCAACAUCCCCUACAGGCUGUUAUCUCAUGCUGUGUGAAAUGCUACAUUAUAUCAUCCACCCAUUCACCUCUGCACGGUCCUAAUUCUUGCAGGAACGGCUCCAGAUUGCAUUUGGAAAUGUAUCUGCGCAGGGCCAGAUGUACAAACUAGCCCUCCAUUCAGUUCAGCUCUCUCCACAUCUGUGAGACCAUCUACCACCACUUAUUCACAACCCUUCCGCCACCUUGUACCUUCCUGGCUGAAAUGUACCCAACCAUUCCUUUUUCUGACACUCUGAUGACCACCCCUACCUGGACUGGGAAGCCAGGAGCUGGAGCAAGGUUUUUGGGAGGACUGUUAAAGAACAGAGUCUCUGCCACAGCCCUUUUGUGCCGGCAUCCUAGGCGACCACAGACAGAGAAUGAAGGCUGGUUCUGUGGCUGUUAGAUCAGUGAUGUUCUGGAGAGUGGAACCCCCAGUGGCUGCAUAAAUUGCGUAGGAGGAAAGCAAUUGCUGAUCUGUUGUCCUGUAAUGUAAUGCUUGGUUGGUUUACAUACAGUCAAUUAUGGCUGUCGUUUUUGGAUGCAUCCUCAAAAUGAGCAGGAUUUGCUUCUAUUGCCUUCAGGUUGCCUUGUAAGUUACAAGCAACACAGCGAAUCUAGUGGGUUUUCUGCGCUAACCAAGCAGCCAACGCAUUUACCGCAUGAUGCUUUUCAAAGCUAUUUCCAUAUCUCUGGAAACACAGAUAAUGAGUCAAGCCCUCCGCAGCUGUCAAUUGGUGUAAUUCCACUGACAUCACCAAUGGAGGGUCCGGCCCAAUAUAUUGGCAGGAGAGGCUUUAAAAAGUGUGUAAAAAAAUAUAUAUUUGGUGCCUUACUAGCCACCACGAAAGAUACAUUCUCUUCCACUCACAAUAUUCUCUUGGCCUCGCCAUUGGUUCACGCGCUGUCUAAUACUGAGUCACUUCCAGGGACAUUCUAUGGGUUGUCUUCAAUAUUGUGCUGUGGGCUAGUGGAAACUCUUACUCAGGAGAGCAGCCCUUAUCACACUAAGUUUCUGCUGCUUUCACAGGGCUACUGUGGACAGUAAAAGCCACUCUUGUGAAGUUUGGCAGUUGCUUUCCAUUCCAGAAAAUGACAGGUAGCCCAUUCGGUUCUGGUUUCUUUUGAUGGUGUAUGGGGAUUCAACUUUACACAAGAGCAACACUGGCCCGAAUGUUUGUUUACAGAAAUUGCUGUUAGUAAUGACAGAAUUGGGCUUUUCUAGUACACUUACUAUGGGGAAUGUAUCAGAGGGGGAGCCGUGUUAGUCUGGAUCUGUAAAAAGCAACAGAGAGUCCUGU